AUGCGUAAAUCAUUCAUUUUUAUCGUUGCGCCUGAUAGUACAGCUACCGGUGAAGUCUUAGGCGUGGAACAAGACCGGCCCUUACUCGUUAAUUCAUGUCGUGCCAGGGUGACCCUCGGACUACCACGUGUUGCCGAAGUCAAGGUAGACAUACCGCUUUACUAG